AUGCAUUGUCAUGUCACCCCUGUAAGUGGUAUGCCUAGUUUCUAUUGCACUUUUGUCUAUGCUUUCAAUGAACAUAGUUUAAGACAAGUUUUAUGGAGAGAUUUAGUCACCUUGAAUGUUCAGAGUCCCUGGAUUAUCUGUGGGGAUUUUAACUGUGUCAUGGCAGUGAAUGAAAGAAUUGGUGCUCCUGUCAGGCAUAUGGAAAUUGUUGACAUCAAUAACUGUAUGCAUGGAUUUGGAAUGGAGGAUGUUAAAUCUGUGGGGAAUCUCUACACUUGGAAUAAUAAACAACAAGGGGCAGACAGAGUUUUUUCAAAGCUUGACAGAAUUCUUGGAAAUGUUGCUUGGUUUGAUUGCUAUCCUUCUGCAGAAGCUUGCUUUCUUCCAGAAGGUCAUUUUGAUCAUUCUCCUAGUCUUUUGACUGUGUAUCCUAGGGUUAAUGGAGGAAGAAAACCAUCUAAAUACUUUACAAUGUGGAAAACAUCUCCCAGCUUUAAUACAAUUGUGACUGAUGUUUGGAACACUCCUAUCAAUGGUAGUAAAAUGUUCUGUGUGGUGAGUAAACUUAAGAAGGUUAAGGGUGUUCUUAAGGAACUCAAUAAAAAUGGUUUCUCAGAUGUAAAAGCUGCUGAUCUUAGUGCUUAUCAUGCAAUGAUAGCUGCUCAAGAAGCUAUGCACCUAGCUCCUACAGAUCACUCUCUUGCAGAUUUGGAAUUACAGGCCAUCCAUGAUUAUAAGAUCAAACACAAGAUAUAUCUUGAUUUUUUGGCUCAGAAGGCUAAACUGGCUUGGAUUAAAGCUGGUGAUGAAAAUACAGCUUUGUUCCAUCAAAGUAUAAGAAGCAGACAAGUUCAUAAUCAGAUUUACAGUAUACAUGAUAUGAGAGGAGAUUGGAAAGAUCAGGCUGCAGAUGUUUCAGAAGCUUUCUUGAAUUAUUACAAGAUGUUAUUGGGGAGUGUUCAUGAAGGUAGAACUUCUGUUAUCACACAGGUAGUUCACACUGGUCCUGUUUGUCAGGAUUAUCAUAAAACAAUCCUUAAUGCUCCAUAUACUGUUGAGGAAGUGAAAGCAGCACUUUUCUCUAUUCCUGGUAUCAAAGCACCAGGUCCUGAUGGCUUUGGCUUUUUUUUUUACAAGGAUGCUUGGCAUGUAGUUGGGAGUGGGGUGAUUGAGGCUGUGUUUGGAUGUGUUGAGGAAUGGUUAAGGCAAAUCCUUCCAGAUCUUAUUCUAGAGAAUCAAGGGGGCUUUAUUCAUGGCAGGUACAUUGUGCAUAACAUUAUGGUAGUACAGGACCUUGUGAGGCACUAUGGAAGGAAGGGUGUGAAGCCUAGUUGCUUAAUGAAGAUUGAUUUGCAAAAAGCUUAUGACACAGUGGAUUGGUCUUUCCUAAAAGAGAUGUUAGUUGCACUGGAUUUUCCUGAGCACUUUGUGAAUUUAGUAAUGGAGUGUGUCACCACACCAAUGUUUUCUCUCAUGAUCAAUGGCUCCAUGCAUGGAUUUUUCAAAUCCCAGAGGGGGUUGAGGCAAGGGGACCCUCUUUCUCCCCUACUCUUUGUUAAUUGCAUGGAGUAUCUGUCAAGAAUUCUGCACAAAAUGAGUAGUUUACCUCAAUUCCAGUAUCAUCCAAGAUGUAAAGAUACAAAGCUCACUCAUUUGUGUUUUGUUGAUGACCUGAUUCUGUGCUGUAAAGGUGAAUUUCCAUCCAUAUAUCUUAUCUUGCAAGCCUUCAAAUUGUUCUCUGACUCCUCUGGUUUGAAAGCUAAUAUUCAGAAAUCUUCCAUUUUCUGUCAUGGCAUGGUAGAAAGUGAAGUACAAAGAGUGGUGGAGACUUCUGGUUUCACCAGAAGUAGCCUACCUUUUAAAUACCUUGGUGUACCCAUUUGCUCAAAAAGAAUUUCUACUGCUCAGUGUGGGGUGUUGGUUGACAAGAUGACCAGCAGAAUUAAGCUCUGGAGUUCCAGAAAUCUAUCCUAUAUAGCUAGAAUGCAGUUGGUGAAUUAUGUGCUUCUUAGUCUUCACAUGUAUUGGGCUCAGAUUUUUGUUCUUCCUAAGAGUGAUAACAUCUGUUGUGAUAAGAAAGCUGGUGGAUUAGGCUUCAGAGAUGUUUUUCUGUGGAAUGUUGCCAAUCUAGGCAAAUAUGUUUGGGCUUUGAUUUGCAAUACAAGGGAGAAACUGAAGUCAAUAUAUUCUAAAGCAGAACUGGAAGCAAUGCCUCAUUAUUCAGUGAAACAAUCCAGAUUACAAACUACAGCUAAGUUAGCUAGUAUUGGCAUCAACAAUUCUUCUAGCGGUCUCAUUUGUGGCCAAGGUGAUGAAACUCAUCAUCAUCUAUUUUUUGAUUGUCCUUAUAGCAGGCAAUGCCUGACAGAGUUGAACACAUGGCUGGAUAUAAGAAUGGCAGCAACUGAUCUCCAUCUCUUAUACAGAUCCAUCAGAUAUGGCAGAAGCUCAAAGUUUAGAAAGCAGGUAUACCUUGCUGCUAUUGUAGCAGUGGUCUAUCUCAUCUGGAAAUGCAGAAACUCAGUGUUCUGGGAUUAUUGUAUCCCUACUGUCAAGAGUACUAUAGGUGCUUUGAAGCAAGCAGUGAGAAGUAGAAUUCAGGCAGUUAUGCCUAAGUAUGUGAAUAGGAAAGAUUGUAAUUGGUUUGUGAAUCUGUAA